CGCUAAUUUUAUAAACUUGUUUAUAUGUUAGUUUUAAUGGUUUUAAUCGUUUUGAAUGAAGUGUAAUAACUAAUAAUUUGCUAAAAACAUGUCGCUCAAGUCGAAGGAAGCAGGAAUUCCAACUGAAAAAUACAAAUUAAUUGAAAAAUAUUCCAAUAUACUUUCAAAUAGAAAUUUAAACUUGAGUCCUCCAAAGAUUAGAACUCGCAGAAAAGUCUAUAGGAGAAAUAUAUUGGAUCCUGAUAUUUCGAAAGAAAAUGAGAUCAAUACCACAGAAACAAAUGUGCAAUCGGUACCUACAGUUAACAUUUUGGAAUUGAAUUUAUCACCUACCAAAACUCAAUCUUCAUCCAAACCUGAAGGUAUCAAUUCUAAUACUGGAAUUUUAACUCAUAGAGAUACAAAUAUAAUAGAAACAUUUUCUGUGGACUUAAAAGUUAAAGAAAGUGCGGCUAAGAUUAUAACACGCAGAUGUAGUGCAAGAAAUAAAAAUGCUUCUACUAAAAAUGAAUCUAACAAAGUUACCAGCCAGAGUGCCAAAAAGGUAGGAAAAUCUAAUGAUAAAUUGUGUGUAGAUUCUAAUGGAAAUGAAUUACCUAAACUUACCGAAGCUUUAUUUGAACCUGACUUAAUUGAAAAUAAAAAUAUAUCACUGAAGGUUAAACAAAACGCAAUUUCCAGUAAGACUUCCAACCCCAUAUGUGUUAUCAAACUUGAUAAAAAUGAGAUUUUGUCUGCACUUAACAAUUUGAGUAAAACCACAAAUAAAAAUGAACAUAGUCCAACUUUCAAUGUUGGGAUUGUAGAAUGUAGUAAACAAGUUACUAGUAAAAGUUCAAAGAAUUCAAAAGCAUCUAAUAAUGAUAAUUUAACUAAAUAUAAGACUCCAAAUGUAAUGUCGACUGAAGAAACAAAUAUUGUACCUGAAACUGAAACUAGUCAAGCGGUCAAUAAACUUGAAGCAGCAACUAAGAAUGCAUCAGAGGGUAAUAUAAAUUUCAAUCGGAUAAGUCAAACAUGCAACAGAAACAUUCAUCUAAAUAUCGAUUCUGAUAAAGUGGAAUGUGAUAUCAAAGGGAUUAGAAAAGAUGCUUUGAAUAUAAAUAAUAAAAUAGUAGAUGUACACAAUCCUGAGAUAACUGCGAAAAACAGACAACCUGUAAAGUCCAAGCCAAACUCCAUAAAGCCUGAACGGAAGAGUUUUUUAUCAAGCACUAAAUCAAACACAUCUAUUACCAAACGAUAUAAACUUAAGAAGCUAUCCGUGGCAUUAGACAGAAAUAUUGUAGAUACUGUGAUGAAUAAACAACAUAAAAUCAUCAAAAGCAAAAAUAACUCGAGCAUAAAACUAACAACAAUCAGUAAUACCGAUAAUCUGCAAGCAAAUCUUGAAAAAAAUGUUGAUUCUGCAGACUCAGGACCUGCAAUAGUCGAUGAAGUAAAUAUAAACAGUCUGGUCGAAGUGAACAUGACACGAUUGAAGUGGAACAAAACAUCAACUAAAGGUGGAUCUGUGAGUCCAACAAAAAAACCAAAUGCUCAAAAUUCAAUGAAAAAUGUGAGUCCUAAUCACAAUGAUCAAAUUCAAAUGGAGGAACAAAUAAAUUUGGUUAGUAAUAAAAUAUUUAAUAUCGAUCCCAAAUAUGCAACGAUGAUCAAACCAUGUUCGGUUGUAUUGGAAGAUUGUGUGGAACCUGUGCACAUCGAGCCUGAGAUUGAUAUAAAUAUAGAAACCACAGUACAUGCAUGUAUUCCCUGUAAUGAAACUUAUACGACCUUAAAAGAUUUAAGAAAACAUGUAUAUACAACGCACGUAAGUGACACAACCAAUAAAUGUUUCAUUUGUGACGUCGAAAUUACCAACAAGAACAAAAUGACCACUCACAUAUUGACUCACAUGCUUACGGUUAUUUAUAUUUGUGAAACUUGUAACGCAGUGACAGAAACUCAGGAAAGUUACGAUGAACACAUGCUUACCCAACACAACAGCUUUGUGUGUGAUGUAUGUGGUAAACCUUGUUCAUCCAAAAAUACUUUGACCAAACACAAAAUAGUACAUCAGCCAGAUAGAUACAAAUGCAAGGUAUGCAGCAAAAUAUUUGGUAACGCCCGUAAACUCUGGCGACACAUGCUGAUUCAUGGGGAAAAGAAAUUUUUCUGUGAAAUUUGUGACGCUACAUUUUGUAGAAGAGAAGUUUUAAAUGAUCACGUGAAGAUGCACAGCACAGAACGUGCCUACAAAUGUGACUUUUGUUCUAAGACUUUUACCACAAAAAGUACUCAGUAUGCACAUAUAAGAAUCCAUGAUGAAACAAAACAAAAGAAGUGUGAAUACUGUUCGAAAACAUUCACUACAAGACAAGCUCUCUUAAGGCAUUUGUACAAGCAUGAAAAUGUCCAACUUCAUCAAUGUAAUGUGUGUAAGAAUGUUUAUGAAACUUUAAGUGAAAUGAAAGCUCACGAGCAGAAGCACAAUGGAGAUUUGGAUACAUUCCAGUGUCGAAUAUGUGGAGAAGUUUUUAUAUCGAAGGUGAAAUUAAGUCAUCAUAGAGAAGGUUGCAGGGAUAAAAAUUAUUCUAGCGGGGAAGUGGGAAGUCACUGGUUGAUUUAAGAUUGAUAUUAAGAUACAUUUGGUUUUAUUCAUUAUUAUAAGAGAAUUGCUAAAAAUAAUUUUUACUGUGAGUCGUUAGUUUUGGGCUCACGUCUUUCAUAUAUUUUUCUUUUUUUAAAUUGUUAACCUUAUGCAAUUAAGAAUUUUCUAUUGAACAAUCACGAUUGCUAUUUGCUAAUGAUGGACAGAAGUUAACUGGCAAAUAAAUAUUUAAAUAUUCUAGUAUCAAGAAAGAUAUUAAAAUGUACCAGGGGGGUGUUUACAAGAAAAUUUAUGCUAUAUCAAGAGAAAACUAUUCAGCAAACAUUAGAUCGAAUUGUUGUAAGAAGAGCUGACAUGCGACAACAUUCACCUUGAAUUCAUACAGUCAUUAAUUUUAAUUUUGUUUUUCAUAAAUUAAUUAUAGUCUAUAUAUAAUAUUAAUUUAAUUUGCUCAAGUUGAAUACGGGUUUUCUGUGUACAUAAUAAAAUUUUAAAUGUUUACUUUGUUCAAUUUUUAGAUUUUAAAAAUUUUACAUGGUCUUUUUGCAUCCC